AUCAUCCCAUCCUUUGAUAAAGGAUGGGAUGCAGCACGAAGGGGGAUCGAAACCAACAGAUUAUCUCCGACAGCAAAUUAGAAUAAAGGUAUAAAAUACACGUCUGUGUCUUUUAUACCUUAACGUGAAUAAAAAGGAACCUGUGUUUGUCUCGGAGGAAGGUAGCAUAAUGUAACCACAAAGAAAAAUGGAAGUAUCAGAAAGAGGUAGUUAAGUAAAGGAUUGUGGUUAAUAAGUAACAGGCCACAACAGUCUCCCCCUGCCCUGCAAGGCCUGCUGGGAAAAUCUCUUGGCAAGCAGAGUGUUUGUGUGUGUGUGUAUAUAUAUCUGUGUGUGUGUGUGUGUGUGUGUGUGUGUGCGCGUGCAGGGAGAUAUCGCUGAAAAAAAGAACCGGAAGAGAAGAUAGAGCAGCACAUUCUCUGACACACUUUCUGGAUCUCCAGCUGUUACAAGUUCCUCUUCUGUCCGUAACCGAAGGUCCCGCUCAUGGGCAAAGUGAAGGGCAAGUCUGGGCCCUUGGCUCGGAGGCCAGACAACUCAGCUUUCAAACAGCAGAGGUUACCUGCAUGGUCUCCCAUGCUAACAGCUAACACUGUGCUGCCCUUCUUCUACUUAAUGGCUUUGAUAUGUAUGCUGCUGGGAGUAUGGCUGCUUCUUACAGUGCAGAGCACACAGGAAAUAAAGCUGGACUACACCGAGGCGGGGACAUGUGACGUGUGUUUUGAAAAGCGUAAAAAUGUGAGCAAUGCAGCCCAAACCUGCACCUGCACAGUUGUGUUUUCCAUUAAGAAAGCAUUGAAGGGAGAUGUCUUUUUCUACUAUGGCCUCCAAAACUUCCAUCAGAACCUCCGCAGAUACAUGGACUCCAGAGAUGACGGACAGAUGGUUGGUAGGAAGACAAACUUAAAGAACCCAAGUUCAUACUGCGAGCCAUUUACGAAAGACCCAAAUGGUCUCCCCUUUGCCCCCUGUGGGGCUGUGGCCAACAGCAUCUUCAAUGACUCCUUCACUCUGACCUAUCAUGGUUCCAGUGGUCCUUCAAUUCCGGUCCCUCUGUUACGGAAGGGCAUCACCUGGUACACGGAUAAAAAUGUCAAGUACCGCAACCCAAAGAAUGACAACAUGACCCUGGCUCAAGUAUUUGAAGGCACAGCACGGCCUCUGUACUGGCAAAAGCCUGUGUACGAGCUUGAUCCCCUCGACCCGACCAACAACGGCUUCAUCAACGAUGACCUGAUCGUAUGGAUGAGAGAGGCAGCCUUCCCCAACUUCAAGAAGCUCUAUGGGGUUUUAUACAGAGAUAGCCAGCCCUUUACUAAGGGUCUGCCAGCAGGGAAUUACACCAUCAACAUAUCCUACAACUUCCCUGUGCAGUACUUCCGAGGCAGAAAGGAAGUGGUGCUGACCACGCUGACCUGGUUUGGAGGUCAGAACCAUUUCCUGCCCGUUGCUUACCUUGUAACCAGCUGCCUGAUCCUAUUGGUAGCCAUCCUUCUCACUGUGGCAUGGUGGAAGUUUGGGAAAAAUGGAAAAAGAAUGGAAGAAUGAAGGGGUUAGACAUGCACUGGGAGGCCGAGGAGUGAAAAUCUCACAAGCACCUGAAAAUAAUUGUCGUGCUACUUUGGAGAAGAACAUUGAUAAAAGCACAUGAAGGAGAAUGGUUAAAGCAAAUUCAUGUGUUGGAGAACCAAUGAAGAAUUAAGUUUGACAUCAGGAAAAUGACUUUCCCUAUCAUUUAAAAAUGUUUAUGUUGCUCUGAAGAACACACUGAAAGCUAGGGGUGUUAGCACAGGCUUCAAGCUUUCUUUGAUAAUUUUACUUGAACCUUUGCAUUCUUUAAAUACAUAUCAUGCACUGGAAUUAUUUUAACAUGAUAUAUUAUAAUUAUUAUAUUAAGAAUUAACUUUAGAAGAAGUUGUAAUUUGUGGAUAUGGGUUAUUACAGCACAAGGGUGAGCCAGUGCCAAUGCUGAAAAUGAAUGUUUAAUAGCACAAGAGUCUACAGCCAUGCUAGCAGCUCUGUGCUAAAUGUUAAAAUCUGUAUGCUUACAUGCCUGUAAUAUUUUGUUAUGACAACAGCUGAAGAUAGUAAUAAAACAUUUCCUUUU